GAUCAGACAGUCAUCUCUGCUUGCUGCAAAAAUAUGCCGAAGUUGCACCCCAUCUUCUCCCAAUUGACCCAGCUAUGAAUGCACCCCAUCUCUGGCAUACAGAUCUGCACGCUGGAAACCUCUUCAUUUAAGACGGUAGAGUAACUAGUGUCAUAGACUGGCAAGGACAGUGGAUAGCACCACUGAUGCUUCAAGGACGUCCUCCAAAGCUAGUCCACUAUGAUGGCGAAAUUAUCUUGAGAAACCCCGAGAACUUCGACGAUCUUGAUGCACAGGAAAAGUCUCGGAUCCGAGAAUGUAUUGGCAAGUCGAUGCUGUUCUAUAUUCAUCAACUGCGGAUUAAGAAUAUGUGCCCCAUUCUUUUGGAAGUCUUUGGAUAUCCUUAUGGAGAAACUAGGACGGAUCCAAUUUCUAUUAUGGGCAAUACGUGGGAUAACGACAUCAUUCGAUUGCGGGGAGGUCUGAUAAUGUUGGAAAGAUACUGGGAGUCAAUGGGAUUUGACAUCCCCUGUCCUAUUCAUUUAAAGGAAGAAGAAAUACAUGACUGCAUAGAAGAAGAAGGCGAGAUAUGGAACAGCAUACAAAAUUUUUGGGGACAAGGCUGCCAAAGUGGUGGACAGGGAGAGCAUUACAUUUCAUGAGUGCUACGAUCGUGCCAUUUUACUAUUUAGAAAGGUGCGAGAGGCUUGCAAGGAAGGUAUGGAAGGGAAAGAAUGGGAAAUGUGGGACAAGCAGGCACGCUGGGUUGAGAAGCAUUACCGGGCUGAUUCUUGAUUGUGGACUUUCUCCCAGAUUGAAGUCGUCAGAGCGAACCAUCGGUAUUUUGUUUCAUCUCUCUUUUGUCACAUAGCUAUUUGUCAAUG